CUGCCGGAGCCGCGGUCCCGCCUCCCAGCGACUCUCGGCCUUGCCGGAGUCGGGUGGGUCAGUGGCUAUAAAGCCGGCGGUGUAGGGGAGGUGCCGCGUGCUGUCCCUUCUUGUCUCCAAUUCCGCAGCUCCUGCCCGGUCACAUUUGGCUCUUUCACCAUGCCUGGGUCACUUCCUUUGAAUGUAGAAGCCUGCUGGCCGAAAGAUGUGGGGAUUGUUGCCCUUGAGCUCUAUUUUCCUUCUCAAUAUGUGGAUCAAGCAGAGUUGGAAAAAUAUGAUGGUGUAGAUGCUGGGAAGUACACUGUUGGCUUGGGCCAGGCCAAAAUGGGCUUCUGCACAGAUAGAGAAGAUAUCAACUCUCUCUGCAUGACUGUGGUUCAGAAUCUUAUGGAGAGAAAUAACCUUUCUUAUGAUUGCAUUGGGCGGCUAGAAGUUGGAACAGAGACGAUCAUCGACAAAUCAAAGUCAGUGAAGACUAAUUUGAUGCAGCUCUUUGAGGAGUCUGGGAAUACAGAUGUAGAAGGAAUAGACACGACUAAUGCAUGCUAUGGAGGCACAGCUGCUGUCUUCAAUGCUGUUAACUGGGUUGAGUCCAGCUCUUGGGAUGGACGGUAUGCCCUAGUAGUUGCAGGAGAUAUUGCUGUGUAUGCCACAGGAAACGCUAGACCUACAGGUGGCGUUGGAGCCGUUGCUCUGCUAAUUGGACCAAAUGCUCCUUUAAUUUUUGACCGAGGACUUCGGGGGACACAUAUGCAACACGCCUAUGACUUUUACAAGCCUGAUAUGCUUUCUGAAUAUCCUAUAGUAGAUGGAAAACUCUCCAUACAGUGCUACCUCAGUGCGUUAGAUCGUUGCUAUUCUGUCUACCGCAAAAAGAUCCGUGCCCAGUGGCAGAAAGAGGGAAAUGAUAAAGAUUUCACCUUGAAUGACUUUGGUUUCAUGAUCUUCCACUCACCCUACUGUAAACUGGUUCAGAAAUCUCUAGCUCGGAUGUUGCUGAAUGACUUCCUAAAUGACCAGAACAGAGAUAAAAAUAGCAUCUAUAGUAGCCUGGAAGCCUUUGGGGAUGUUAAAUUAGAAGAUACCUACUUUGACAGAGAUGUGGAAAAGGCAUUUAUGAAGGCUAGUUCUGAACUCUUCAAUCAGAAAACAAAGGCAUCUUUGCUUGUAUCAAAUCAAAAUGGAAAUAUGUACACAUCUUCAGUGUAUGGUUCCCUUGCUUCUGUUUUAGCACAGUACUCGCCUCAGCAGCUGGCAGGGAAGAGGAUUGGGAUGUUCUCUUACGGUUCUGGGUUAGCUGCCACUCUCUACUCCCUUAAAGUUACACAAGAUGCCACACCAGGGUCUGCUCUUGAUAAAAUAACAGCAAGUUUAUGUGAUCUUAAAUCAAGGCUUGACUCAAGAACUUGUUUAGCACCAGAAGUCUUUGCUGAAAACAUGAAGCUCAGAGAAGACACUCAUCACCUGGUCAACUAUAUUCCCCAGGGUUCAAUAGAUACACUCUUUGAAGGAACGUGGUACCUAGUUCGAGUGGAUGAAAAACACAGAAGAACUUACGCCCGGCGCCCCUCUCCGAAUGCCGACACUUUGGAUGAAGGAGUGGGGCUUGUGCAUUCAAGCACAGCAACUGAGCAUAUUCCAAGUCCUGCUAAGAAAGUGCCAAGACUCCCUGCACCGGCCGCAGACCCAGAAGCAGCUGUCAUUAGUAACGGGGAGCAUUAAGAUACUCUGGGUGGGGAAGACCUCAGUGUGGGUUGGGGUGGGUGGGGGACGUGUGAGAACGGUUGGGGGAAUGGGAUGUCUGGGGACAACUUUAAAGGAUUACAUACUGCUUACAUUUGUACAUGACUGACAUGGAGCCUGGAAACUUGUGUUCUUGGGAAAGUCUCUCUGCUCAGUUUGCUAACGUGCUUCCUAUUGUGGUCUAGCCAAUAAUGCUUAAUGUACUGGAAUGAUGUUAAGGGCUCUGUAAAACUUCGUACCUCUCUGGCCAUUUGUAUGCAUGAAGCUGUUUUUAAAUGUGGUAUGAUGAAUUGUGUGCUUCUGGUGAAGAAAACAGGUACUAGUCUCCAAUUUAAAUUUUUUUAAACAUGUAAGAAUUUUAUAUUUUGAAAAAACAAUGUUACUUAAAGUACCUGAGGUUUUUGAAAAAGGUUUCUAGUUUAGGGUAUGUGGUCUUAAAAUGUGAUAUGCAUAAACCCUGUUUGAAAAUGGCAAGAUGAACCUGUUCCUUCUCUAAAAUUUAUAAAUCCUGGAGAGGGAGAAGAGUUGGGACCAUAACAGUGGUUCUGGAAACUGGAAUGCAAUGAUGAGUUACUGUCAUGAUCUCUGUGAAGAGAGAGAUGCUAGCAUUGAGCAGAUGUCUCGUAUGGACAGCAUGGCUCAUUUGGGGGCAACAGAUGUAGCUCUGCUCUAGGUCAGCUCCUGAAUCAAUUCAAGAUGGAUUAUGCUGAGCCAUGAGAUGUUAUUGGAGCUACUGUGUGUGAGGAAGUUCGUUGUAACCCUUCUUUGCGCCUUAGUUUGAAGAAUAAAUAAAACACUUUUCUGGCUGCCUUUUAAAAAUUCAAAACAAAAAGGAAGGAUGGGGCAGGGCAUUAUUAGGUUACUUCUGAUUCUUCAGUGUUAUAAAUUCAACUUAAAGACCGACAACCUAAAUUCACAGUAUUCUAUUUUUUUCCUUCAUAUCUAUUAAAUGAAAAUAAAAAGGUACAACCCAAGUUUUUGCAUAGUAUGACCAGCCACAGAGUAUUCCAUUUCAAGAUCUGGAAGAAGGAUAUUUAAAACUUUCUUAGACUUUCACCUAAAAAAAAACAAUGAAAACUAUCACAUGGGAUGAAUAAGACUGGUUAGACAGUUUUGUAGAUCUCUUUGGUGCUGAACUAUGACAUGAGCCUUAUAGAUUGUAAAAUAGAGAUAGUUGGAACUAAUGUACAGAACUAAAUUUUUUAAACUUCAUUUGCUGUUAAAUUCUGUGAAGUUUCAGUUAUCUAAAACGUACACAAGUACAAAUUGUAAUGUUUCCAAUUGCAAGGUAAUAUGUAAUGUAGUGUUUGUAAAAUACUCUUGUCUAAUAUUAAUUAGUGAUAUUUUGAUUUGUACAGUCAUAACUUGUUAAAAUGACUUCAUUUUAACAUCAACUGAUGUAGAUAACGUAAGUCAGAUUUAAAGAUUGGUGGGACAGUGAUGCAUGUAAUACUUUUGCAAGUAUUGGGGGUUUGGUAUGUUUUGAAAAUAAUAAUUUAAUUUUCGGAUGUCAGGAAAUGGGUUUUCUCAAAGUCCAUUGCCGGCAAUGGGCGGGCCUUGUAAUACUGGCACAGAGAAUGAACUGUAUACCUUAUUAACAGUGAGGUGAAUAACUUUGAAUAAAGUUUAAUAAAUAUUUCAGA